AAAAAGGCCGCAAAGGAAGGUUGAUCUAAAAAUAGAUUGAAUGUGAAGGUCGUCUUUUUGGCCUUGGGAUGGCACAAGGACAACUGUAGCAGUCUCAGCUGGUUUUCUCAAAGUUAAAGAGUGAUAUUUUGUUUUAAGAAAGGCUUUCUUUAUCAAACAAGAUGGCAACCCAAAGACAGUCAUCUCAAAUUGAGGACUUUGACGAUGAAGACAAUCUGUUUUAUGAAGUGCAUGAGGUGGUCGUGCGCAAGCUGGGCCAUGUUCCCAUUGCAAAGGGUGACUUUCACCUACUGCCUGUAGGUGUGCAGAGAUUCAUAGCUAAAUGGGUGCAAAUCUGCCAACCUCGUGGUCUGUAUAUCUGUGACGGGUCGCAGGCGGAGGCAACUGAGAUCAUCCACAAGCUGGAGGACAGGGGUACUCUUCACAAGCUGACAAGCAAGAAAUACGAGAGCAACUACAUCUGCCGCACUGACCCUGCUGAUGUUGCGCGUGUGGAGUCAAAGACGUGGAUGUGUACAGAGAACAAGUAUGACACCGUACCACACGUGGCAACUGGUGCUCAGGGCAUCCUGGGAAGGUGGUUAUCUCCAGAUGAUGCCAAGAAGAGUAUGAAGAGCUUUGAGGGAUGCAUGGCAGGCCGAAUGAUGUACGUGAUUCCAUUCAGUAUGGGUCCCAUCGGAUCCCCGCUGUCAAAGAUCGGUGUGGAGAUCACUGACUCCAACUAUGUGCUUCUCUCUAUGCGAGUGAUGGCCCGUGUGUCCAAUGAAGUGUGGAAGGUGCUUGCCGAAGGUGACGGAGAAUUCGUAAAAUGUCUCCACUCUAUGGGCUGCCCAAGACCUUCCCAGAGGAAGAUCAUCAACCACUGGCCCUGCAACCCCGAGGGAGUGUUUAUUGGCCACUUCCCCGCAAAGCGUGAGAUUGCCUCUUUCGGAAGUGGAUACGGUGGAAAUUCACUGCUUGGCAAGAAGUGCUUUGCCCUGAGAAUUGCCUGCAACAUUGCACGAGAGGAGGGUUGGCUGGCGGAACACAUGCUGAUCAUGGGUCUCACUAAUAAAAAGACAGGCAAGGAGACGUUUGUUUGUGCUGCGUUCCCGAGCGCCUGUGGCAAGACUAACAUGGCCAUGUUGACACCGUCCAUUCCUGACUACGAUGUCCGCUGUGUCGGUGACGAUAUUGCCUGGUUGAAGUUUGACAAAGAUGGAGUGCUCCACGCCAUCAACCCUGAGGCCGGCUUCUUCGGCGUGUGCCCAGGCACUAACAUGAAGACGAACCCCAACGCCAUGUUGACCUGCAUGAAAAACUCCAUCUUUACCAAUGUUGCUGAGACAGCUGAUGGAGAGUUCUUCUGGGAAGGACUUGAGGAUGAAAUUGAAAACAAGAGUGUGUCCAUUACCAACUGGCUGGGCCAACCCUGGAAGAUCGGAGAUGGCGGGAAGGCUGCCCACCCGAACUCCCGCUUCUGUUGCCCGGCAAGCCAGUGCCCGAUCAUCCAUCCCAAAUGGGAGGACAAAAAGGGAGUGCCAAUCAGUGCAUUCAUCUUCGGGGGUCGCAGACCACAAGGUGUACCACUGGUAUUUGAGUCGUUUGGCUGGGAACACGGUGUAAUGGUUGGUGCCUGUGUGAAGUCCGAGGCCACCGCGGCUGCUGAGUUCAAGGGCAAGCAGAUCAUGCACGACCCCAUGGCCAUGAGGCCCUUCCUUGGGUACAAUUUCGGCAAAUACCUGGAACACUGGCUUUCACUCGACAAAGCACCUAACAAGGUGCCCAAGAUCUUCCAUGUGAACUGGUUCAGAGUGGACGACAAAGGCCAGUUCUUGUGGCCAGGUUUUGGUGAUAACAUCCGCGUCCUUGAUUGGAUCGUUCGCCGCUGUGAGGGAGAAGAAAACAUGUCAAUUAAAUCUCCCAUCGGCCACUUGCCAAAGAAAGGAUCAAUCAACCUGAACGGUUUGGGCAAGCUCGACUGGGACCAGCUGUUCUCGCUGCCCAAACACUACUGGGAGGCCGACAAUGAUGAGAGCAGGCAUUUCCUCAACCAACAGGUGGGUGAGGACCUACCCAAGGUGAUCCGCGAACAACUGAAGGCCCAGGGCCAGCGUAUUGAGGAGGAGCUCUUCUACUAGUAUGCUACUUCAUACAAGUUUAACACGCACACUAGAUACAACCGUGGGGACAGUACAGACUGAUAUCAAAGCUUUACAAUCUCACCUAGAUUGUCACAUAUUAAGUGGCACAAUCUCGCUUGGAAAUCAUAUUUUUAUAUUCAUCCUUUUUGUGCUCUUCUCUUCAAAGUGUAAUUUCGUAGACUUCUGGUACUGACCAAGUGAAUAAAAUAAUGCUAUUGUCUAUCUUGAAGAAAAUUGUCAGGUCAUGUUAUUAAAUGAUCUGUCUUUGUUAAGACGUUCUUUUCUGUUUCACCAAGUUUUCAUUGGUGAAUUGGAGCAUUCACUGUUGUAAAAAAUUGUCAGUUGUAGAAAUGUUAUAUUAGGUUUUCCUUUUAUUCACUUCCCAAUUUGAUUUUUGAUGUGUUAAUUAUAUACGGAUAUGUGUAUGAAGUGUAAAAGUGCUUUAUUCAAUGGUGCAGUUUCAAAGCAUAAUAAUUGUUAUGACACAAAUGUUUAUUGAUAAAGAUAUUUUGAGCUUGUAAAGUGAGACUUACUUUGUUAAUGGGUGCCCCUGUCUAUUUUCAGUGAGGGUGAAAAAAAGUAGACAAAUAGUCAUCAUGGCAACAUAAGAAGACUAAAAAUUCAGCAGAGUCUCCACACACUUUUAUGAUCUAAUAUAACUUACUAAUGACAAUUGGAUUGUCCGUUUCAGUGUUUAAUUUAAUUGUUGGUGUGUUUUCAUUUUAUUUAGUAGUCAUAUAGAGGCCACAUUAUCAACUAGUACGACAAAAUAUCAUACCGUCAAGAAAUUCAGUAAAAUCCUUCCUGAGUGGGAUAAUUCAAAAUAAAUGUUUUACUUGCAAAAUUUAAUAAACAUUGCAUAGACUGACCAAUGAUGUGCUAGUUUUGAAAAAGUUCUUACAUCUAACUACUCAGAAACAUUCAUUCAAUAAGCGGUCGUACGCUACAUGCAAUGAUAAGAUGGUUCUGUUGUGUAUAAUGACCUUGUAGUUGCACAGACAUUAAAUAUUUAACAUACCGGAGCAUGGAACAAUGAAUAAAGAAGCUUAUUAGUUUCAUUAUAUAAGUAGUGUUGUAAAUCACUGUUGUGAGAUAUCGUUGGUUUUUAAUUUUAUUGAUGAAAAGAGAUUUGUGUACACAAGUACAAAAGUUACGCUAAUAAGUGCUAGUCAAGAGGUUUUACCUGUGAAUAAAAAGCUGAAAUUACUAUAAUUUGUACAGACCUAACUUAGAGGAAAGAUAUUGGGCCAAGUGUUCAGAGCUUUGUUGAACUUAAUAAUGUUGUGAACGUCAUUAUUGUUAACAUUCAAAUAUUUGUAUAUCUUCUUUUCCAAGUUUUUGGACAUGUUUGUGAUCUGCAGUUUUUCUUGCAAAAAGUUGAUGUAUCAAUUUUAACUGUCCUGGGUUUAUUUAAUUAUAUCAGCACUUCAUAAAGUAGCUCACCUGUAAUAGUUAACAACAAUGAUGUUAACAAUGUUGUUAACUUUGAAAAGUUGGAACAAUGGCCCAUGGUUAGGUAAACUCAAAUUUUAUUGUUAUAUUUAUGUACAACAUAGUGGCCAUAUAUUUGUUAAUGGAUGUGUACCAUUUGUAGUUACUGGUAUAUCUGAGAAGCUUUGGUGUAUUAAAUAUAGUAUCACU